CAAGUCCCAUCAUUACGGAAUGCAGCACAGACGUGAAAAAAAUAAUGAAUAACACACUUGUUUGUGUGGAGCGGUGCCCUGAAUUUCUUUAAAGUCCUCUGCCAACUUAGCCAUUUUUUUCCCCCCUUUUCACUCCGUGUGUCAGCCACGAACUUUUUGCUGGGCUAGAGACGGUGCAACGGGACAUAAGGCAACUGAGCACACGGAGUCCUGUCCCCCGGCAGUGGUCCACCAUGACAGCGACGAGAGGACGUGUCGACUUACAGCCUGAGCGGCUGGCCCCUAUCAACAUGAACCACUAUGCCACCAAGAAGAGUGUGGCAGAGAGCAUGCUGGAUGUGGCGCUGCUGAUGGCCAAUGCAUCACAGAUGAAGGCCAUGCUGGAGCAAGGACCCGGCUUCAAGUACUACAUCGCUGUUCUGGUGCUGAUUGGGGUCUCCCUCCUCCUUCAGAUCCUGGCAGGGGCUCUCUUUGUGGUCAUGGCUUUUAAGAAUCUCAAUAAUGUUGCCAACCAGAGGAAGCUGGAUAUUAUAAACAACAUAGCUACUGGACUAGUGUUCUUAACUGUGAUUAUUAACAUCUUCAUCACUGCUUUUGGAGUUCAGAAGGCUGCACAGUAUCCCAACUGACAGUGCAGGUGAAAAACAAACACAGAAAUACAGGUUUACCCCAACCCACCAUCACAGUCCACCGCAUUUGUUCAUGCGCACCAACAGUGCCACACGAGAAGCACAUACUGUAUAACAGCUUGUAUUUAUGCAUAAAAGGCAUCUUAAGUUUUUGUAGUGUCAGAAAUGUUUAAUUUAUUUUUAAUUUAACUUCACUAGUGACUAUAAAAUAGUGCAUGAAUUUAACAUUGCAUUUAAUCAUUAAUAUAAAAUUAUAAAGAAUUAAUUUAAGUGAUAGUGUGUUCAGUGAUCCAAAAGCAAAAAUAUCUUAUACAGUAUGUUUACUAUGAGACCCCAUUCAUCAUGCCAGCUUUAAUUUUAUACUUUAUAUGUAUGCUACAUUUCAUAUAUCAUAUGUAAUGCAAUAAAGAUUAUAACAGUA